AUGAUGUCAGCACGAGGUUUCAAUAUCCCAGGACCCUGGCACCUCAAGGAGGAAGACCGUGAGCAAUGGAUGAUUGAGAACUACGGUUACUCCAAAGCCAGUUUUGUGUAUGAAGUCGAAGAUCCACUGAGAGGACCACUGGAUCCCCUUCGUAACCAUGAGGACUUGUUCCAGGAGGAUAUAGAGGAUCACGAGUUUAUUGGAAAUUUGGAGGAGACGACAAAUGCAAGGAAUUGGUCAAUACGCAAUGCAGACGGUACAGAGGUGCCGUCGCAUCGGAUAAACUAUGCUCACAUGAAGACUUGGACAGAUGAAGAUGAUGCCUGGUUGUAUCGAGAGAACACAGAAGAUACUCACAAGUUUGUGGGGAAUUUGGAGACGGCACGUGAGGAAUACAUGAGAAAGCAGUAUCCGGCUGAUUUUGAGCCGUUGUAUGCAGAGGAGACUUCGCGUCGUAUAGACUAUGCUCACAUGAUGAACUCGACAGACGAAGAUGAUGGCUGGUUGAAUCGAGAGAUGCCGGAGGAUCAAGAUUCUUCUGAAUCGGAGAUUGAAGAAAGUGAUGUGGUGUCCCAGAUCCAGAAACAGAAGUCAAGAAGACGUUCCAAGAAAUCUUCUACCGUAACCACCGACGCAUCAGACCCUCUCAACGCCCCGACCCCCGACUACAUUGACACCAAACCUCUCUGCGGCACAGUAUGGUCUAUUCUGAAGGAGUACGGUAUCUCACAGACACUCUUCGCUAAUGUAGUUGCUCAGAGGAGACAAGGAACCAUGUCAGACUUGCUUCGUAAUCCAAGGGAUUGGUUCAAGAUGAAGUCUGGACGUGAUGUCUACCGUCGAAUGUACAAUUGGGUGAGAAUGGCGGCGCACGAGAGACUCGAGAUUCUGAACAGAGACACUCUACCAGUGGAACCACGACGCAAGAAACUGACAGAUGGGAGAUCGAAGCGUCACACUUUCAAGCCGGAGGAGAAGGCGAUGCUCCAAGCGGUGUUUGCCAGAAACGAGAGACCAGAUGAGGACGAGAUGUAUGAAAUCGCGAAGCAACUUGACGUCAAGUACGACAUCAUCAGAAUCUACUUUACUAAUGCGAGACGUCGGAAGUCGAAUGUGCCAUCUCGUAUUCAAUAA